GGGUCAGCUGACGAGCCCGCGGCUGCCGGCGACCGGGUCGUGGACCGGCAUCGGGGACGCGAUGGUGGCGGCGGCGGUACAGGCGAGCAGACCCCGGGGGCCGCUGAGCUGCUGGGCGAGCCGUCGGGGUCAGGUGCUCGCGGCGAUCUUCCUGCUGCUGGUGACCGCGGCGGGGUCCCAGGCCAGGGUACAAGAUGACUUCAGCCUGGUGCAGCCGCUGGUGACCAUGGAGCAGCUGCUGUGGGUGAGCGGGAAGCAGAUCGGCUCGGUGGACACGUUCCGCAUCCCCCUCAUCACAGCCACCCCUCGGGGCACGCUCCUCGCCUUCGCCGAGGCCAGGAAAAUGUCUGCCUCCGAUGAGGGGGCCAAGUUCAUCGCCAUGAGGAGGUCCACCGACCAGGGUAGCACAUGGUCCUCGACAGCCUUCAUUGUGGACGACGGGGAGGCCUCGGACGGGCUGAACCUGGGGGCGGUGGUGAACGACGUGGACACAGGGGUGGUGUUCCUCAUCUAUACCCUCUGUGCUCACAAGGUCAACUGCCAGGUGGCCUCCACCAUGCUGGUGUGGAGUAAGGACGACGGGGUUUCCUGGAGCGUACCCAGGAAUCUCUCCGUGGACAUCGGCACAGAGAUGUUUGCCCCCGGACCAGGCUCUGGCAUUCAGAAACAGCGGGAGCCUCGGAAGGGCCGUCUCAUUGUGUGUGGCCAUGGGACCCUGGAGCGAGAUGGCGUCUUUUGUCUCCUGAGUGACGACCACGGUGCCUCCUGGCACUACGGGACUGGAGUGAGCGGCAUUCCCUUCGGCCAGCCCAAACACGAGCACGAUUUCAACCCCGACGAAUGCCAGCCCUACGAGCUUCCAGAUGGCUCCGUCAUCAUCAAUGCCCGGAACCAGAACAACUACCACUGCCGCUGCAGGAUCGUCCUCCGCAGCUAUGACGCCUGCGACACCCUCAGGCCCCGGGAUGUGACCUUCGACCCCGAGCUGGUGGACCCCGUGGUAGCCGCAGGAGCAGUAGCCACCAGCUCAGGCAUUGUCUUCUUCUCCAAUCCAGCCCAUCCUGAGUUCCGAGUGAACCUGACCCUGCGCUGGAGCUUCAGCAACGGUACGUCCUGGCAGAAGGAGAGAGUCCAGGUGUGGCCAGGACCCAGCGGCUACUCAUCCCUGACGGCCCUGGAAAACAGCACGCGUGGGGAGCAGCAGCCCCCCCAGCUCUUCGUUCUGUACGAGAAAGGCCUGAACCGGUACACGGAGAGCAUCUCCAUGGUCAAAAUCAGCGUCUACGGCACGCUCUGAGCCCAGGCGCCCAAGGACACCAAGUCCCGGACUCCGACCUCAGCGGCUCUCCCAAGGGUCUGCAGAGGGCGCCUGAAACAGAGCUCCUCCUCGGGGACUCUAGCCUUUGCAGAAGCAGUUUCUCUUUUACGGGGAAGGACUUAACAACAACGGCCCUGCUGCCUCCCCCGGACAGGAAGUCCCUUCCUCGCCAAGAGCACUUUGUAGAAUUCUGGCUGGGGAUAGCCCCAUCCCCUCUCCAGGGACAAUGGGCUGUUCCUUUUUGGGACAGGAUGGGGACGGGGAUGGUCCCUGAAGUAUUGUACAAAUAGGAACCCGGGGAGAGGCAGGUACAGGAUGGUACUAGAUGUGAAGGGGAUUUCUGGAAGUCCCGGAGGCUGAAUGUAUCUUCAGAGUAAGGGUAGGACACACACACACACACACACACACACACACACACACACACACACACACUUGAUUAUUUAUAAAUCAAAAUAUUUGUAAGUUAAAAUUUCUAAUGAAGGAGAAAAAGCAUUUGUAGUCUGUGGUUCUAUCCACUCAUUCUAGCCUGCCUCACGGACACUGGUGAGGUGUGAAUGCAGUUAGGAGAGGGACUCACUGCUUGGGGAACAGAGCCAACUCAACCAGAUCCGACUUUCCCAUUGGCAGCCCUUGACGCUGCUUUUCACAAGUGCCCGGGAGCAUCAGGGAACUAACUGUUGGGGUGUUUUAUUUGUUUGUUUUGUUUGUCCAACACAGGGUUCUCUGUAUAACAGACCUGGCUGUCCUGGAACUUGAUUUUUAGACCAGGCUGGCCUUGAACUCACUGAGAUCCGCCUGCCUCUGCCUCCCGAGUGCUGGGAUUCAAGGCGUGCGCCACCACUGCCCGGCUUGUUUGUGUUUUAAAUUGAGGUGUCUCACACUGUGGCCCAGGCUGGCCUGGAAUACACAGAUGCUUCAAAUCAUUCCUCCAUUCCAUUUAAAGGAAUCUUAAAAAAAUUAAA